AUGAAUACAUUUAGCGCUUUUAAUACCCCUAACAAUGUAAGUAAUUCAAAUGUGAGCAACCCGUUAAAUAACCCUGUGGGAUUACACCCUCCAACCGUUUCUUCAAAUAAUAUACAAAAUGACAGGGCUGCUGGGUUGAGCAGCACUUUUAAUAACGCACCCAGUGCGGCUAACAAUUUCAGUAACAAAACAAACGUAUUCACAAGUGGAAGCACAUCGACUCAAAGCGGGUUCCUAGGUGUGUUAAACAAGGACCUGAUUCCAGGCCAAAACAAGGUAGACAAUUUUGCCAAAGUGGAUCCCCCCAGUAAUGCCAACCCAAAUCAGAAUACCAACAGUGCCAGUAACAAUCAAGUCAGCAACAGUAACAGCGGGAAGGUCGACGAAUUAAAGGAAAACACCGAAAAGAACAAUUCAAAAAUUGAGCGCCAAAGUGGAAAUUUUAGCUUUGAAAAUAAAUUCAAUUUUAACAGUUCGCUAAAGAUUAGGAAGUCCCUGACGGAGCAGCUUUGUGAGGAGAUCUCGAUGAAGCUUGGCACAAUAUUCAUGUGCAAGUCGUACCUUGAAACGUACGUGUUUGACAGAAACCCGUACAUGAUGAACUUCAUUUACCUGAAGGAUGAAAUGAGCGAGUCGAAGAACAGAGUGAUUAACUCACUGCUGCUAAGCUCCUUUUGUAAUUUAAUAUGGAACAACCAUAUAUACAAACAUGAGUAUUUAAUUUCGAAGGAAAUAUUAAGUAAAUACGCCAAGGCAAUGGAAAAAAAUCCCGAUAAAAAUAAUUUAUGCAUUGUACCAAUUUACACCUUGGAUAAAGUGAAAAUGGCCUUAAGUGAUCAGGAAAAAAAUAUAAAGAUUCUUAAAAAAAGAAAAUUACAUAUUAAGAAAAAUAAUGAAAAUCUUUUAUUCAUUUUGUAUAUCAUAAAAAAUAAUUUCCUCGAAAUAAAAACCAAAGCACAACGUAUUAUUCAGAGACUGCUAUUUCGAUUGGACAUAUUGGACAAACUUUUUAUGUUAAAAAAUAAUUCUGUUUUUUUUUCUAAUAAGUAUGAAUUUAGUAAAUUCAAGUUGAUGGAAAUUUUGGACUUCUUUAACUCCUUCAAUAUAGACAGUCAGCUGCAAAAAAUUAACAAAAAUAUAAAAAAUCUUGUGCACGAAAAAAAGAACCUUCAGAAGUUCCUGCACGCGGAUAACGAAUUUACCAACUCGGUGAGGAACACCGUUGUGAAGAAUGAACAGGACAUAACCGAUCUGAAAGGAACGACCUCGGAGAUUUGCAUCAACCUGGAGGAGAACAAAGAGUAUAUGUACCAUCUAAACGCAUUUGAGAGGGAAGAAAAUUACGAAAUAAACAACUCACCUCGCAAAAAGGCGCGAAGAUGUUUCCUCCUCAUUUCCUAUCUCGGACAGUUACACGAGCAAAAUGUGGGAAGCACAGCUCAAAGCCGCGGAAAUGGAAUCACAACCGAUGUCUAUAAUAAUUACGAAGCGUUAAAAUAUGUGAAGGAGAAAAGCACUCUUAAGAGUGCACUAAAAAGAUUUAGGGAUAUAGUUCAAAAGGAAACGAAGAGAAAAGGGUAUCAUUUUUACUCUGGAUGGCCCCCGAGAAACAGGAUAAAAAUUACCCAAGAUGAGAAGCUGGGCCUGUAUGGACGUACCAUGUUUGUCCUCAACCGAGUAAAAGGAGUGAAGGAAGUGGAGCCGAAUCUAUGCAUAUGCUGCAAAAACAAGAAUAUCCUUUUUUUCAACAGAUCCGAAUUUGAGUCCUUGUUAAAAAAUAUGGAUUCCAUAAAGCAUCACCUACAGGAGUUCGCAAAAAAACUCUGA